GUGAUUCUAUCGAAAUUUUGCUAUAGUAUGGAGCGGCACCAGCUCUUCUGCUUUCCUCGUAACAAGUGGCAUUCCGUGGAAACCCUUCAUGGCGGACGUGCGCAACAGCCAAACUAACAGCUCAAAGGGAAGGAUUUACGAAGCUUUUCAUGAAAUCACGCCUGAUUUGUCUACAACUGUAUACAGAAUUCAAGAUGUAGAAGAUGACAGAUAGAAGAAGCUCUCCUCCUGGAAGAUUGCCCUCCAUUGAUGGUCAGGGCUUGGCAGGCUUUUCUUUUCUUCUCCAGACUUUAUCUUGGUAUUCCCAGCAGAUGAUGAUACAACUGUGACCACGACAACAAAACAAGAUGACGCUAGAACGCAAUCUUCAGCCUGAUUAUCAAGCGGGUCAAAUGGCGACGACAAAAACGGCAUCGUCGUCAGGGUGCAAGUCCACAGCGGCAGCGACGACCAAAAGUGCCCCGGUAAUGAGCAUGAGUGCGAUCGAGCUGACGAUACCGAAAAAGGAUGAGCCGAUCAACAGUCGAAACAGUCCUAGUACGCUCAAUGUUCUCACUACCAGCUCAGACUUUGAGUUCUCGAACAGCAUGCUGAGACUGGAGCACGACCUUGAACACUUCAGUGUCUCGUCACAGGAGAAAACGUCCUCUUCUUCACCCUCAAACUCACCUCACUCUGCCCCCGUGUCCCCGAUCCAUGACCCAACCUCCAGCGUUGAUGUCUCGUAUCGGGAAGGUAGCCAGCGAGGGUUCUUUGAGGGACUUCUAGGGUGCUUACGACCCGUUUGGACUAUCCUAGGAAAAGCUGCUGCUGCUGAACUCAAGCAACAAGAUGACUGGGAGAUUCUCUUUGAGAGUAUAACAGACCUUCAGUGGUUGGGCAGCGGGGCACAAGGCGCCGUGUUCCUUGGGAAACUUUACGGGGAAGAAGUGGCUGUAAAGAAGGUCCGUGACGUCAAGGAAACAGAAAUCAAAAAUCUACGCAAACUUCGACAUCCCAACAUCAUCUCAUUCAAGGGCGUGUGCACUCAAGCGCCAUGUUAUUGUAUCGUCAUGGAAUACUGUCCUUAUGGACAGUUGUAUGAGAUUCUACGAGAUGGAAAAGAAAUCCCACCCGCAUUAAUACUCGAUUGGUCAAAACAGAUAGCCAGUGGAAUGAACUACCUCCAUUCAAAUAAAAUUAUUCAUCGAGAUUUAAAGUCGCCAAAUGUAUUAGUCGCUAAAAAUGACGUAGUAAAAAUAUCUGACUUUGGGACAAGUCGAGAGUGGAAUGAGAAGAGUACAAAGAUGUCAUUUGCAGGAACUGUAGCAUGGAUGGCUCCAGAAGUCAUUCGAAAUGAGCCUUGUUCUGAAAAGGUUGACAUUUGGUCAUACGGUGUGGUGCUGUGGGAACUGCUUACGGGAGAGAUCCCUUACCGGGAUGUUGACUCAUCAGCUAUCAUCUGGGGGGUGGGGAAUAACAGUCUCCACCUGCCUGUCCCCUCAACCUGCCCCGAGGGGUUCAAACUUCUUAUGAGGCAAUGCUGGAGCGCAAAGACCCGAAACCGUCCGUCUUACCGUCAGAUCCUCAUGCACCUGGAGAUUGCCUCCCCUGAACUGUUGAUCUACUCUCAGGAAGACUUCUACGAGGCUCAGGCAACAUGGAAAGAGGAGGUGAUAGACCAGUUACAAAAGAUCCGUAGCGAGGGGUCGCACAUGCCUCAUGAGGAGGAGCUGAUACGUCGUAGGAAGGAGGAGCUUAGGCAUGCCCAAGACGUACGAGAACACUAUGAGAGGAAGCUUGAGCGAGCGAAUAACCUCUACAUGGAGCUGACUUCCUGUAUGCUGCAGCUGGAGAAACGGGAAAGGGAGCUAAUUAAACGAGAACAGCAUUUGGCUUUCACUAAGCGAAGAAAAAGUCUUCUUCGACCUGUCAUCAAGGCUCAAGAGCGAUUGGACAGAACGUGGAAAAAACGUGCUCAUAAGUCUGGUUCCGAACCUAACAGCCCUGAGCAGCAGCCCCAGCAACCUCAUUCAACGACGAUGGAGAGCAGUUUGACAACAAGCUCAGAACAUGCGCUGCCCUCCCCUACCAAGGUGCGCAUGAGGAAAAACAGACAUCGUAGAAACAGUAGUCGAGGGUCAAAUGUCCUCGCCAACUCCAGCCCUGCCAAGAGCCCGUCACGAGAACCAGCACCUAGUGAUGCCCAGCCAACAGAUUUAGGCCCUGUGACGCACUCUGCAGGGGAGACGGCAUCGAUGCAGUUCCUGGGGCCUGGUAUGGCAGUGCGGGAUAAUGAAACGUUGCCGGAGAGGCUCGGUUCCCACUUAGAACACCAUGUGUAUCACGUCACGGGGAAAAAUCUUAACGACGUCUGUUUUGGGUGUGAUGGUGGCUGCAGCGAUACAACGUGCAGCAGCAAGCGCUCGAGUCGCGCAAGCGCUGAUGUGGAAAGUAAUGCUUGUGACUCGCCGUGUAGAAGCCCGCUACGCAGCUUUAAAGACACGCUGGGCAUGAUAGAAAACACAACCAAUGAGAACCAAUCAAAAGACUUGACGUGUGAAAAGGACUCAAACGAGAAUCUAAGUUGCCCUAUGAGUGGCUAUGAACUGAGAACUGUGCUAGAAACGGCAGAGACUGAGGACCAAUCAAAUCCCCAGCCCACCACAAGUCAAUUCUUCUGUAAUAAGCCUCUUAAACGGACGAUCAGUGACCCGCUGGAACCUGCCAAUUGGAAGAAAGGACCGUCGGUGAAGCGUCAGCGUUGAGUCAGGUGCUGAAAGCGUCACAGAACCUGUUCAUAGGCAUCGCACUAAGCACUCGGAAGAUUCCUGGUCUGAAGAAGAAGCCGACAUUGAAAGUGACGAAGAUCACCGCCAAAGCACCCGCCGAAGAAAUCGACAGUCGUGUUCGACUCUCAGCUCAGAGGGCAUUUUCUCUGAGGAGGAAGGGA